GGUGGGCGGCGGAUGGAAGCGCGCCGUUGGCAUGGGUCGCGUAGGGAGAGCGGAAAAUUGCCAGCCCGACAGACAAUAGACAAUAUGAUCGACGGCAGAAUACGCGAUACACGGGCGGGUGAGGAAGUGAUUGAAGAAGUGAGCGGGGUAUUCGUUCAAUUCCCGGAAAAGGCUCGCGGCGAAUGAAAGGUUCGAGCAAAAAGGACGAACGAGAGGCUGCUUCUAGCUUCGAGGGUCAGGUGCGGUUACCCACUCCGGCUUCUUCUACUUACUCCAGUACUGACAUUUUUUACGGUCGGCUACAACCUGCAACACCUCAACCAGUUCUGUUCGACACUCAGUGCACGAUGUCAGCACCCCCACCACUCCUCGAGGCCCGCCGCCGCCCCAAAAAGCUAGACCUGGAAUUGUCUCCUCGACAACAAAUUCUGUUUUUACACCCAGGCUACGAUAGCCUGAACACGCUGCUAAUUCUCCCUUGCGUUGAUCCUGUAACAUCGAAUACAGUCAUUGUCGACUACGGUGUAUACCACAAUACGGCGCUGUUGGCUUGCCAGAUUAUUGCUGGUAACGCUUUCAAGGGCACCUAUCUCGCUCUCGAUGAGGCAGGGAAGAAGCGAGUCCAGGUACCUCGAGAGGGCACCUUGACAGACCCAGAGUACUACUUCAUUGUGCCAGGCGAAGGUAUUCUCAAACUCCUACCUCAUAACGACCUAAUCCUUUACUAAUUCUGCUUAGACCCUUACCCAAUUGUUCCUGGCUUCCAGGGUUGGAGGUUUCCCCACGGAUCCAUCCCUGAAUCGUGGCCUUCGGUUAUCCCUUCCCAA